GUAAUGAUGACUCGGACAUAGACAUCCAGGAGGACGACGAAUCCGACAGUGAAUUGGAAGAGAGACGGCCAGCCAAGCCGCGGACGGCCAUGGAGGUGCUCAUGCAAGGAAGACCCAGCAAGCGCGUCGUGGGCACUAUGCAGGGUGGAGACUCCGAUGACGAUAUGGAAGCAGCACCAGCUCUCUUAGGUAAAUACAUGACUUCCAGCUCCAAGAAGCAGGAUGACUCGGAGGACAGUGAGAUGGACGUGGAUGAUGAGGAAGAUGACGACGACGAUCUGGAAGAUGAGAGCAUUGCUCUCUCGCCGGCUAAGCCCAGCCGAAGGGUCCGGAAACCUGAGCCCUUGGAUGAGAGCGACAAUGACUUCUGACCCUCUUGCCAAGGGGCCAGGCGGGUUAAAACCCUCAGAUUUGUAGGUAAACGUGCAGUUAGAAGGUUAGGAAGGCGAUGUAUAUUUUGUUCACUAAGCCAGCUGGACUCAUUGUUCCUGGAGCAAUACUUACUUCUGCUUCAGCGUCCUAUACUUGUGUUCCACAAAGCUUAAAUAAGAACCAGAGAAAACCCUCAAAAUGAUUUUUUUUCCCCUUAUUUGUCUCCUAAACUUGAGAGGUGCAUGUGUUUUUAGUAAUUCACAUCCAUGGGACAAAAACCCACAGAGAAAUAAGAGCUGACACUGUGUAAGUCUUGGCUAUUGUUACUAUGCAGUCCUCUAAGAGUCGAGCAGACCUGGCGCUGGGACUCAGCACAGGGCUGGACUUGGAGGGGAACAUCUGGCUGGUAGUCACUUGCACAGCUUAGGACAUUUACUAUACAUUGGCUUUUGAUCCAGCCUUUUUUGUCAUUUUAAAGUCUUAUUUUCUUCUGCAUGCUCACAAUACCAAGCAUUUAAUAAUUUAAUAACUAACAUUUUUAGAAAGAUGUUACAUGAAAACCAGCUUUCCUUGAAAAUCAGGCAACAGAGAGGCUCCAGGUUAUGUCUACUACUCCAUUCCCUCUCAGAAGGCUGGCCCUCCUCUGGGAGAUUCACCUUCAAUUAGAGCCACCUGCACAUUUCCAUGGCUUAUACUGAGUUUGAAACUCUGUUGACCCUGGUUUCCCCUUUAGAGAUUCCAAACUUGUGGGACAGUGAUGGCUGGAACAUGCUCUUCCUGCCAGGUGGCAUUUCUCUAAAGGAGCAUGUUGUCUAAAGUGUGGCGAGACAUGAGGCCACCACACAGGGACGAAGGUGGGUCUCCUGCAUUUCACCACCAGAGUGUCUCCUGGGGGAAGGAGCCAAUGAAGGAAAAAGUGUCCAUACAGGUUCACUUUUCCGAUUUUUAACAGAACCAGAGUUAAAUUAGGUAGAGCAGCACUGGAAGAGUGUCCUGGCUAUGGAAUGAGAAGGGGCAGACAGGUGGAGAUGGGGCUUUCAUUUUUUUUUUAAUGUAAAAAGCAUAGAGCAGUUUUCAUUUAUUUUACAAAGUCAGAAGACUUCUGAAGUUACUCAUCAUGGUUUUUUGGGUUUAUUUUUUUUUUUAGCAUUUAUUGUGUUUAUGAAGGCUAGAUACUGUGCUAACAACAUCAUAUGCCUCAUCUUGUAAUUCUCACACACAAAAAUUUUUUUUUAAUUUUAACUUCUCAGCAUACAUUGUAGUUGAUUUUUGUAUCCCUUUACCCAUUCCUCUUUCCUGCUUCCCUCUCUCCCCUCCCCCCCAAAGUUACUCAUCUUUUAAUAAGUGUAUUUAAUACCGUGUUUUUAUGUUAUUAAAUAAGGUUUACUUGAAAGUAUAA